AUGCCAUCUAGCAAUGCAGUCGAUCCAUCUAGCACGGCUUCACCGGCAGGAUCAAAGAGACGAAAAGGUGGAUCAGGCCUUCGAGAAGGAUUUGGAGGAGGGAGUACAUCAAAGAGCAGCAGUAAUGCUACAAUGCCAACAGCUCGACUGAAAGACUUGGGAGGAGUGACAAAUGCUCUUGAUAAGAUUCUAGAGCUGAUCGCAAUGCCUCUUUGUCAUCCUGAAAUUUAUUCACACACAGGCGUUAAACCGCCAAGGGGUGUGCUUUUACAUGGACCACCGGGUUGUGGAAAGACGAUGCUUGCAGGUGCAUUAGCAGGAGAAUUGAACGUUCCUUUGCUUAGCAUCUCUUCUCCAUCUAUCGUUUCGGGUACAUCAGGAGAAUCAGAGCAAACGUUACGCAAGCUAUUCGAUGAAGCAAUCACUCUUGCUCCUUGUAUUCUAUUUUUGGAUGAGAUUGAUGCAAUCACACCCAAACGUGAGACAGCAAGUAGAGAGAUGGAAAGAAGAAUUGUGGCUCAACUGCUCACCUUGCUUGAUGAUCUAACUUGGGAUAAGACAGAUGGAAAGCCAGUCAUGGUGAUAGGAGCAACGAACAGACCAGAUUCACUGGACCCUGCAUUGAGAAGAGCAGGUAGAUUCGAUCACGAAAUUGCAUUGGGUGUUCCGGAUGAAGCAGGUAGGGAGGAGAUUUUGAGAAUCCUAUGCAACGGUCUUCGACUAUCGGGAGACUUUGAUUUACGCUCACUUGCCAAGCAGACACCGGGAUAUGUAGGCGCCGAUCUGGUAGCAUUGACAGCAGCUGCAGGAAUACGGGCAGUAAAGAGAAUCUUCAGCGAGUUGGCAGAGCUGGUCACACAACCUGCUGAGGACGGAACAUCUGACCCAAUUGAGCAAGCAAACGCUCCAAGCACGCCUGUGGCCAACGAGGAUCAAGUGGUGAGUGCAUCCUCACAUGCUUUACCCUCUGCAUCUUUGUUCGAGGCACUUCCGCCAUCUUUACGAACAUCGGCGAUUGCGACAUUCUUGAGAUAUCACCCAACACCUCUUACCGCUAAUCAAUUGGAACGCCUGCAAAUCUCACCUCAAGAUUUCUUGGACGCACUUCCAUCGAUACAGCCGUCAUCUAAACGUGAAGGAUUCGCGACUGUACCUGAAGUGACAUGGUCAGACAUUGGUGCUUUGGAGGCAACUCGAGAAGAAUUAGAAAUGACAAUCGUUGAGCCGAUCAAACAUCCUGAGUUAUUCAAAGCGAUUGGCGUUUCAAAUAGCGGAGGAGUUUUAUUAUGGGGACCUCCAGGUUGUGGAAAAACACUUUUAGCAAAAGCAGUCGCAAACGAAAGUGGUGCAAACUUUAUCAGCGUUAAAGGACCGGAAUUGUUAAACAAAUACGUUGGUGAAAGUGAACGUGCAGUUCGACAAGUCUUUGCUCGUGCUCGAACUUCUUCACCUUGCGUGAUUUUCUUUGAUGAAUUGGACGCUUUGGUUCCUCGUCGUGAUGAUAGUCUUUCGGAAUCAUCUUCUCGUGUCGUCAAUACGCUUUUGACAGAAUUGGAUGGUUUGGAAGCUCGUGUUCAAACGUAUGUUAUAGGUGCAACAAAUCGACCGGACAUGAUCGAUCCUGCAAUGUGCAGACCAGGCAGAUUGGACAAGCUAUUGUAUGUUGAUCUGCCAAACACUUUGGAACGCAUAAAGAUUCUAAUGACAUUAACACAAAAGACGCCGUUGCAAAGACAAGAAGGACAAUUUGCCGAAUCAAUGCAGUCAUUCGGUGCAGAAGUACAAGCAGAUCGUUGUGAUGGUUUCAGUGGUGCUGAUUUAGCCGCUUUGGUUCGAGAAGCAAGUGUUUUGGCCUUACGUGAAAAAUUGAAAGUUCGAAAAGAAUUGAUCGCAAAUAUCAGAAAUGCUAAUUUACAAGUGCUGGUGGGCAUUCCACAUUUCCAUGCUGCUUUGGACAAAACUCAACCCAGUGUAGGAGUUGCACAAAGGCGAAAGUAUGAAUCAUUGCGAAGUAGAUUGAGUGGACUGCCGGGUGCUUCGAAUGCAACACGAUCAGGCACAAGACCGGGACCCGAAAGAGGUGAUGAUGGGGAUUUAGCAACUUAG